AAGAUGACGACACCAACCCCGGUGGCUGACGACUUCCGGUCUUCGGCAAAUGGGACCACAAAGUCUCAAGAACACUUUCUUUAUCAAAGUUCUGGAGCGAUUGUGGCGGCCAUUGUCGUCGGGGUGAUAGUGGUAUUCACGGUGGUUCUUCUCCUGCUGAAAAUGUACAAUAGACACAUGAGGACGCAGCGGGAGCUGGAACCGAAGAAUGCGAAAUCCUCAAUCCCUUCCAUUUCAGGACAGAACAGUAAUAGCACAGGACGCCCUACAACAGUGACAUUCGUCCCUGUGGACAUCCACAUGCAGAACAGGAGACCGUGAGGCAUUCUGAGGUCGGCCGA